AUGGGAAGGAGCGACGACCGCGCAGGCGGCCGUCCUUCUCACCCCUUCGACGUGCUGCGCCCCAAGAGCCGCGAGGAGCUUUUCAACUUUGUGUCCUCUCUGCCUGCCUCUGCGGAGAAGUCCGCGAUCCUCCCUUCGCUGCUGGCCUUCUCGGCAGACUGCGUUCAGUGCACCGAGCGCUGCCGGCAGCGCCUGAGCCUCUACCGAAGCUUCCUCUCCUCGCUCGACGCACGCGACGCCGCGCUCUCCCCUGCCGCCCCCCCAGCCUCUGCCGUCUCCUCCGCGGCCGCAGCUUCGGCAGCCUCGUUUGAAGGCUGCAACGUGGUUCAAGAAAGCAUCAACGAGCAGAUUGAGCUCUGGCAAGACCGCUGUCUCGCUGCCUGUGCGCGUGAAAACCGCGCCCACCUCUCGCCUGCCUCCGACCUCUAA